CUCAAAACUAUUAGCUUGCAAUUGAGAAGCUUUCAGUCAGUUUCAAUUGAUAUUCCGUUAUAUCCCACCUUAUCUUUCAACAAUGUCUUUUCUUUUGUAUGAACAGAUUCUCGUAGAGUUUGGAGUCUCCAAAAAAGUGCUGACCAGCUCUGGAGAGCACCAUGAAGUAAUCAAUGUUAUUAAAACUGCUUUUAAUAUCAAAGAAGAGAUUUUUCUACAAAAGUUUGACCAGGAUUGGCAGGAGUACAUUGAUUUUCCAGAAGGAAAGUUUGAAAACAAAGCAAGAGUAAAGGUUAUAUUGAAGCCAAAUAAAGAGGUUCCAGACACCCCAGCAACAGCAACACCAAGCAGCACAUGUACUAUAUCAACAACAGCAGGUAAUCCCUUAAGACAAGAGGCACAGGUGCAGGCUACUCUUCUAAUCAACAAUGGGAAAAUCCAAGUUGGCCCAAAAGCCAAGGUUUGUGAUAUUAGUAAUUAUGAUCAAAUUAAAUGUCUUGGGUCAUUUUAUAGUAUUGUCAGACCCAUGAUGAUGAAUAAUCCUUAGCUUGAAAAAGAAAACAAUCCCUACGAGCAAGAGCCACUACAGUAAACACCCGCAUAUAAGAACACAUGAAUUAAGAACAUCAGGCUGAAAUUUUGCAAAUAAAGCACCAUUUUUAUAAGAACAAAAUCAGCCUGGAAAUAUAAAAUGUUCUUAUAAAGUGGAUAAGACAGUAAAAAAUUCUGAUCACACAGAGGCCUGCUGCCAGACAACCACAGCUCAUCAGCUGUGAUGCUGCUUUGCAUUUUCUUUUAGCUUUUUUCCCUUCAAAAUAAUCUACGUAGUUUAUACUUGAAGGGAGACUUACAGUACUGUGCUAUUCUUAAUACACCUCGAUUUCAACAACAAAAUUUAAGAACAAUUUAAGAACACCUUCAGGCUGAUUUUUCACUAAACUCCCGAUAAAUAAGAACCUGAUCAGCCUGACCUCCAAAAUCAUGUGUUCUUAUAUGCGGGUGUUUACUG